AAGAAAGACAGGUAAACAAAAAAGAGAGAAAAGCAAGAGACGUGACAGCAUGAGGAUGGAGUGUGAGUUUGUGUUUUAGUACUAAAAUUUAGUUUUCUACAUCAAGACCAUAUCCAAGACAGGGAAGGAAGUCUGCUGUUUGGGACAGAUGAUGAUCAUGUGGAAAGUUCAUGAUGUUACAGUUCCAAAAUCCAUUGAUAAUUUUUAACCUGAAUCACGGAGUGGAUGCAUUUGAGACAUGCACAACUGAUACAAGCUUCAACAGUGGAGAAACCCUUGAGAUGGAGCUGCUCCCCCUGAGUGUGUUGAGCCCUGGAGCUCCUCUCCAUCUGCAUGUGGAUCCUUUGUGGCUACAGCGUCAAGCUGUGGAGGAUCAGGUGGAGCUGUGGUGGUUCAGCAAACCGCAUGUCUCUAUCUUGUGCUACUGCUUUUCAGUAGCCAUGAUUCUGGGCCUGGGCUCGGCUGGCGUGGGGCUCCUCUCAAGCGCCUCUUCCGCAGUGGGGCCCUCUGCACUGUGGCGCUUGGGUGUGGGUUCAACGCUCUGCUUCCUGGCACUGGUGGUGCUCCUCAAGCAGCUGCUCAGCUCAGCUGUACAAGACAUGGACUGCAUACGAAGCCGGAGGCGCAUCGAUCAGCUGCGGACUGGAGGAACUGCGGAUCCCGUGCUGUUGCUUUUCACUGGUUUGGCACUGGUAGUCUGUGGGACCACACUGCUCAGUCUCUCUCAGUCUGACAUGCUUCUUUCUGGGGUGAUACUCCUGGCCAGCGGGGGCGCUGUGGUGCUGGGUGUGAUGAUAUAUGGAGUGGUGGUUUAUGUACAGGGGAGGAGGAACACAAGAAGGCGAAGACAGCGGCGAAGGGUAAGAGUAUAUACAGUGACGGGGCAAAGGAACAGACCAUGGAGAGAUUCGACCUCCAGUCAGUCGAAUUUGUUAUGAGAGGAGAAUCGAAAAGAGGGGAAAAAGAGAAGGGUGCAAGAAGUCACAAUCACUGACCAAUAAACCCUGAUCGGAAUAACAUACUACUAUAUUACUUGUUCUAUUUUAGCAGUAGUAUGUAGUGUGCACAGUAUGUAAAUUUUUUUGUAUUUCUGUACUACUUUGCCAAAAGGUACAAUAGACAACAGAUCACACUGCGUGGAAUACUGUAUACCACAAACCUUCAUUUUCAGUCCUGAUGAAUGAACUGGAAGCAAUAUGAUGGUUUAAAUUUUACUUUUUUUUUAACUCUUUCUUGACUCAUUAUUUAAUCAGACUGCCUAGAAUGUUUACACAAAUUAUGAAUUUCAAAUGUAAAAUAACUAAUAAAAUAAAUGUUAUUUUUGAGGUGAUAACUGGAUGCCACUUGCUGAAUGACAAAUGUUGCAUACUACUUUUUAAAAUGUUUAUCGCUGCAUAAAGCACUUUUACAAAAUAGUAAGCAGUAUACAGUGCAUACUAGUGAAGCACUACAAGUGAAUAUGCCAGUAUUCCAUUCCAAACAUAUCCUUUUGCUCUGUCCCAGUUUGCAUACUGUUUAUCCUAAAUAGUAGCAUAUUCAAGAUUAGAAUUAGUGCAUCGCGAAUCAUAGUAUGUUAAAAAUAGUAUGCCAAAAGUGCCUGCAUGAUAUACUAUUUCCAGUGGAUUUUUCUAAAUGGAUGUCUGUGCACACUUUCUGCUUAUAUUGCCCACAAUUUCAUCUGCUAUGGAAGAGGAAGAGUUUGUGGCAGUUAUCUCUUUCAAAUUUUGCAGUUGAAGUAAAGUGGUGAGAAACGCAAGUCUGAGAAGUAUGAUCACAUGGGAAAUCGGCAUGUUGUUUCCGAAACUUCCAGUAUCCUAUGAUCAGCCACAUAAUGCCGACUCACUGACUAGCGCCAUCAACUAUUAGACAUUUCUGCAUCGGCUCCAGUGUGUUUACCUUCCCCUGUGGCAUGACCAGAAGCAUGUCAACAGCAUGGGAGACCUGGGUUCAUAUCCUUGUUGAAACUAGGAAGUAAUCAUGAUUGCAUCAUAAUCAUUAAUGAGCAUGAUUUUUUGCAUUUUCCCCUCUAAUAUUACAUUUUACU